GUGAUGCAAUGUGUCGAUGCACCUGUAACUCCCCUCCCCUCCCCGGUCAGCGCACACAUCAACCUGGUAAAAGGCUGCCGAGCAGCGGGACUCAGGAGCCACUGGGUGGAGCAGGCGUCGUCGCGUGCUGCGGAACACAUUCUGUAUGUUGUUAAAAGUGCCGCGCGCGGUCUGGAUGCAGAUGCGGGUCGGCGACGGCAAGCACGAGGCAGAGUGGGGGAAUGGCGAACGGGCGCGGGCGGCGAUGCGUCUCGUGAGGCUACACUAGAGAAGCCGGGAGCGGAGGCAGUCAGUCAGUGAGGCAGGCAGCUCGAGGACACGCAGUUAGAGGAGGAGAAGAAGGGGGUGAACCAUGGAGGACUCGGAGCCCGCAGAGGACGGCUUGCUCGCGGGCUUGCGGUGGAACAGGAGCGCACGAGACCAAGCGCAGCUCAAACACAAAAUCCGGGAUCUGCCGGGGCUGCUCAAGCACGGACUGCACCUGCGGAAAAAGAGCCAAUCACCUGACACUAUCCCUGGACCGAGCUCUGGAUCUGCAGUACACAAGUCUUGCUCCCAGAGUUUUCCAUGUGCUGGUCGAUCUGUGAGAAAUGCCUUCCUCUCCCAUGGACCGUACCCAGCCAAAGACAAGAUACACCUGGCCAGAAUCAUACGGCGUAGUUAUGUGGGAGUGGAGCUGGUACAGUGGCUGUGUGAGCAGUGCAUGUACGUGCGCUGCCGGACUGCUGCUGUGCGUGUCUGGCAGGUGCUGCUGGAGCUGGGAGUCCUGCUGUCUGUGGACCAGCGGGUGGUAUUUUCAGACUCCAACAGUUACUACCAGUUCAGUUUUGAAGAGUGUGACUCUGCCUCCUGUGAGUUUCGCUCCAAUGAGGGGGAGUGGCCAGAAGCUGUGAAGCUCCUCCUACAGCUUGCUCCAUAUGUCCAGUUUCGCUCUGGUGGUGGGGCCAAUAGCCCGUCCGAGGAAGACUCCGAAGGUAACAGGGAUGUCUGCAGUGAGAUUCUUCAGAUGAAAGCUCUGGAAAGGCUUACUUCUACGGUACAAAAUGAGCUGGCAGCUGCUCUCGCUAGAAAGACUCGCAAGGCUUUGUCAGAGCAGGACUCUGAGACAACUGAAAUGAGCCGCCAGGAAUCUAGCACCCCCAGUGAGGAGAGCAGCCCGCUGGGCGGGAUGUGUGCUUUGCGGGAAGGGAAUGGAAGUGGCAGUGGCGGCGGGAUGGGGACUGUAUGCGGCCGAGAGGAGCUCACCAGCCGUUUGGGACUGGAGGCUGUCCAGCGGCUGGCGAAAGAUGGCUGCCGGCUGCUGCAGAACCACAACUACCGUCUACCUGACAGGAACCAAGCGGAACCAGUGGGGAGGGUUUGUCUGAAGGAGAGAGGACGGGACGUAUUGGUGUUGCGGAGAGUAACGUCAGUGACGUCACCGUCCGAUCGGCCCUCACCUACAUCGUCGGCGGGUGUGUGCAGAGAGGAUGACUGCAAUAAGAGGUAUGUGGUGGUGUCGGGAACGCCGCUGAAGAUCUUGGAGCAUCUACUCAGUGACCUUCAUCUGGACGAUCAGAGAGGAGCAACGGAGAACAGAGAGAGCGAAAUGCUGCUGGAUGACUUCCUGCUGACCUACCUUGUGUUCAUGUCCACCCAUGAACUCUGCCAGGCGCUGCUGGGACAUUAUAGUAGUGCACGCUGCAGGGGCCAGGAGGAGGGCAAAGACGCCCUCUUUAGGAAGCGCAAAGUACUGCGGCUCGUGUCCCACUGGAGCAGGCUUUAUAAGGACUUCCUGAAGGAAGAGGAGCAUGUCAGGAGCUUCAUGAAGACACUGUACAGGUAUGUUUUAGAGGAUUUGUAUGAGUUCCCUUCGCUGGAGAAAGACCUGAAAGAGUUUCAGAAACUUCUGCGUCGCAGACACACAGUGGACGACUGCCCUCCUAACCAAAAGAGUAAACAAAUGUACCAGCAGAUGAGCCUAAAGGAAAACAGUUUGCAGCUUCGCAAUUCACAGACGGACCACAGAGAGGUGAUAUGCUGCGUAUACGUGAGUCCUGACUCCUACCUAAGUGUCCACACACACCCUGCUCUGGAGGCUCGGGAGCUGCUGCGGAUUGUGGCUCUGAAGCUGGACAAAGCAGAGGAGGACAUGGUGCUGGCUGUGGUGCUGCAUACUGGAGAGCGGAGAAUGUUGCAGCCCAGCGACUGUGUCUAUUCAGAGUCUCUGACCCCACAGGGAAAGCUGAUGGCCUGUCACAGAGAUCUUACUGAGGUCUUGCCUCCGUUAACAGACUGUGCCGAGUUGAGCAGGAGGCUGGUUCGACUCUUGGGCAUCAACACCUGGGAUGUGGCAGCAGCGCUCACCCACCUGGACUGGAGCCUCUUCAAAUCCAUCCAUGAGCAGGAGCUGGUGUACUACACGCUGAGCCGCACUCCCGGCUCUAGCCACACGGCGGCGCUCUCUGUCCUUCUCCAGCGCUGUAACGAGGUCCAACAGUGGGUCAUGUCCAAGGUGCUCAUGUGUGUAUCUCUUAAUAAGAGAGUGCAGCUGCUCAAGAAGUUCAUCAAGAUCGCAGCUCACUGUAAAGCCCAAAGAAAUCUGAACUCUGCAUUUGCCAUUAUAAUGGGUCUGAACACAGCUGCUGUCAGCAGACUAAACCAAACAUGGGAGAAAUGCCCAGGAAAGUUCAAGAAGUUGUUCUCAGAGUUGGAACUCAUCACGGAUCCUUCUCUUAAUCACAAAGCUUAUAGAGAGGCCUUCAAAAGGAUGAAACCUCCCAAGAUCCCUUUCAUGCCUCUUCUCCUAAAAGAUAUUACUUUCAUCCAUGAGGGAAAUAAGACCUUUCAUGACAACCUGGUUAACUUUGAGAAGCUGCAUAUGAUUGCAGACACAGUGAGGAUGAUUCGCCACUGCCAAAGCGACCAGCCAGGCAACGAGGUGAUUGGCGUGGACAGCGCAGAAGUGAGGGCGAGCGUUCACUACCUGCACAUCAUCGACAAUCAGCAGACACUUUUUGAACUUUCCCACAAGCUGGAGCCACGCGCCUAAACACAGACAAAGCCGACAGAGUGGGAAAGCCAGUCUGUGUGACAAUGGGGACGCUUUGUACAGCAAACUGUCACACGUACACUACAGAGAGACCCCACAACCAGCAGCUGUGAGAUGGGCACUAAUGUGUCCAACUCUGUCCACUCUCAAAAGGCUUUCUUACACUGAACAUGUGCUUAUAAAGGAUUUUAAAACUCCACACACUCCCUGGGAACUGUCUACAGAAGAUGGAGAAACUGAGCGUAGGGUCAAGGAGGCUGUGAUUAGUUUGUACAGUUACCUGCAAGGCUGAGUUGGCCUUUAUUUUAUUCUCGUCAUCUUUUGGUUGUUUUCUCUUGUUCAUCAGGUGGAAUGUUCCUCUAUUUUUGUAAAUCUUGUCGCUCCCAUUGAACAUCAACAAAGACUUGAUAACCGCUUCUUGAUUUCAAACCCAAAAGCAUUAGUAUUUUCCUUUUUUUUUUUGUUUUUAAGUUAAAUGUGCAUCACAGGUUGUCCAACAUGAUAUCAGCUGCAAAGCUCCCAGAUAUUUUCAUAGACAUGCUAUCUAGUUGUACUAUAUGUGGAGCCUUUUUGGUUAUUGCGCAGGAAGAAGCCGAUUGAUGGUUCUGGUUUUGAAAGCCUGAAACAGCCUGCUCUCAUCUCUGAUGUUUCAUUGUGAAUAUAAAUGAUUUAGCUUUGUACAUACGGUGGACCUAACAGUUUUCAGUGCCAAAUGUUUAUGUUGAAUGUUGCAGCCUGGCUGUACUGUAGGUCUCCUGUUUAGUUUGGAAGCACAGCUUUUGUCUGCGCAGUUAGAAGCCCUGGCCUGAUGUCUGCUCCUUGAUCGUGUGAAGCCAAUCUGACUCCUUGCAGAGAUGCUUUCUGUCGUGAUGACUGAAUUCAGGGUGUGCUUUUGAAUCCGGUCUCUAUGGAAACAGUCCUAGCAGAGAUCAAUGUUUCUUUUUAUCUUUGAGGUUCAUCGUGUCAACAUCUUUUAUUCAAACUGCAGCACAACAGAACAGCUAUGUCCCACUGAAUCACUUUCAAAGGAAGAAGAUGGAUAAUUGAUACAUACUGACUGAAAACAGUGUUUCAUUUUGAAACGGUCUCAUUGAUACUGUGAGAACUAAUUCAGGAUGUUGACAGAUUUGAGGAACCAAACGAAAUGGCUUUGACAUUUGUUUUUCCAGUCACUGUGGGCAAAAGCUUGAUUAGCUACUGACAUUUUCUAUUUUAUGCCUGCUCACAAAUGCAGCGUGGAAGACGAAAAGUCUAACGUCUGAUUGUACUGAUGCUUACAAAUCAACAAAUCCAUUUCGUGGCACAUUUAUUAUAUUUCUGCCAUUUCUUUUGUUUUUUUCACCUUGUAACUGCCCUGCAACAGUGCUGCUGUGAUAUUCCUAAAUGUUAACUUGGACGAGCAUUUGCUGCCUUUUUUCAUAAGGUAUAAAUUAGGGAUAAAGUGCCAUACUGUGAAGAUCCUCCUGCAGGUGUUCAUCUGGAUUUCAACACAAAGAUUUUUAAAGCAACAACUUUUUGUUAUUGAUCAUUAUUACACCCAUAGAAACAUUUCCCCAAGCCAUUUCUGUGCCAAAGGUUCAUGGUGUGAAAAAUUAUUUCAAAAAUCAAGAGUUGUUACUAAAGGUCUGGCUGAAUUUGGUCCCUGGAAGCAUCCACAAGAUCUCUAGUGGAUUAAAGCAGAAAAAAAAAAAAGAUUGAAGCUAUUUAAGUGUUUAGUGUUCAAGGCGUUUUGCUUAUGGAAUCUGAAACUACAUCAGUAAACUAACUGGUUUGCGUCAGUUCUUUAAAAGUUGGUUUGGUUAUCAGUAAAUCAGGUGAAACAGUUGUAAAUUCAGUCUAGAUAUGCCUGAAGCUUGUUUAACAGCGUACCAGCAACCUCUCAGUGUACUGAUCCAAAUCAAUUAAGGAUGUCAGAUUCUUUUCAUAUAAAUAUCACUGUUAAAUCUUCUUUAGUAAUAAUAAUACACCUUUGUUGUGAAAAUGCUCCUGGUGAUGCUCUUCAGUGAAUAGUUGCUGAGACUCAAACAUCAGAGCCCGAAUUUGCUUAAGUUUAAUGUAACUCAAAAGGGUUUUUUUGUUACUAUCAAGCUGUGCAUGAUGUACAUACACACCCAUCUUUGCUGAUCAUGUGUAAAGACGUUAAGUUGGUUAUUUAUUAAAAUCCUUUGUUUAUUUAUAGUGACACAAUGCCUUGGUUUUGUGCCAUCUACAGUUUUCGAGGAAAUCAGGUGUGAGUUUUAAAGCUGCAAAGCAUCUGAGGCAAAUACGUUUUGUGCUGUAAUGUAGCCGCUAGAGGGCAGCAGAAGUGCAAUAAGUCUGUCAAACAUUAAAUGGACACUAAUAACAACAGGAGGCUCUGUUCAGUGUUUUAUCAGCCGCUGUUAUAGGAGUGUACAGUUCUGUUUUUUAAAGCUGUUGUUCAAAACCUGUUUGCAUGAUUAAAAAAAGAAACAAAGUUUACGGAAAAAAGCUUUGUACAAUUGUAAUAUUGUUUAUGUGUAAAUAUAUGCCUAUGUUUGGUAUGUUAUUAUUUAUCAAUUGUAAAAUGGAAAAGAAGUGAACCACCAAGCAA